AUGGUAUCAGCAGAAUUCGAAGAGAAAGCAAACACCGUUUCCAACUUGGCUAAAAGACCAUCUGAUGACGAAUUGUUGAAGCUUUACGGUCUCUACAAACAGGCAACUAUUGGUGACAAUACCACUGACAAACCGGGUACCUUUGAUUUCAAGGGCAAGUACAAAUGGCAAAGCUGGAAGGAUUUGGAAGGUACUCCACAAGAAGAAGCAGAAAAAAAGUACAUUGAGUUGGCAGUGGAAUUGAUCAACAAGUAUAACAAGUGA